AUGAACAAUCCUGCGCCAACGUCACAACAUGACCAAUCAACUAAUUCUCCAUUAGCUUUUCCGCCCUGGAGACUGUCACCUAUGUUAAAAAAACUUCUUCAUCAAUUCGAAACAAAGAUUUUGUUUGAUCACCCUCAUAUUCCUUGCUAUUACUGUUCGAUUUUAAUGUAUCAGUCCUCUACGCAGUGGAUAACAUAUGAUCCAAAUGAAGAUUACACUUUAUCUGUAGCAUUUCCUGAUAUACCCGUUUAUCUUCGCCAUUUUACUAACAAACCUAGUAAAAUAGCCAUCUGUAGAAGCUGUAAAAAUCCAAAAACCAGAAGAUUUUCUCCUGUUCUAUCAUACGUACCUCGUGAAAUAAGCCUGGUACCAAUGAAACAUAGAAAAUAUCUCUCACCGAUCCACAUGACAUGCUCAUUAGGUCGCACUCCAGGAUCAAAUCUCUAUACCACGUACCGAUUUCUACGGGGUGAUUUUUUCUUAAGCAAGAACCUCCACGCACUUGAAUUAUUCUCUGGCAUGAUUAGUGCUUUCUUAGACCAAAAUGAACCAGCACGCUGGUAUCAUAAAACCCUUCCCAUCACCAGCAAUUGGUUAAAAAUGAAUAAUCUGAUAUUUCGUCAGUACAUGCUUUUACCUAAUAUCACUUCUCCCUCUCCAUCAAACCCAUCACCAAUUCCUUUACCUUUAGCAAGACAAUCUCAAGAAAACACCAACACCGUUCUAUUACGAAACAACUCCACGAUCCCUGACCUCGUAAUCCCAAACAAUGCAUUCCCUCCUGAAAUACACAACGAAGACCUAAGAUAUAAAAGACUUAUGGCCGGAUUCAUGAAUUUAGGUGAUUUGAUGCUACCAAUAUCUUAUGGUGACCCUGACCUCGAAGCAAUGAUUUUUCCUGACCUAUUUUCUACUGGAAAAGGUCAUUACGAAAACAUAUGCAGCCAACUAGAUCUUCACUCAAGCACAGAGAGCUACAGAAAGUAUAUCAAACUAAGUGAUCCGAGAUUCAGGUUACACUGGUACUGGCCGCACUGGUUAUACUUGAAUCUAGAAAAGAAACGUAAUUUUCAAUACAAUUGUAGACUACUAAAUCAAAAGAGCAUAUCAUGA